AUGCCGGCAUCGGAGAUGGAAGCGCCUGCGUCCGCGCACGCCUCGGCGGCGACCGCUGAUAGCCAGGAGGAAUCGGCGCCCGCGCCCUCUGCGGCGGCGGCGGCGGCAAACGAGGAGGCGCAGCCGGCCGCUGCUGCGGUGCCCGCGCUGUACGUCGGCGAUCUGCACGAGGACGUGGCGGAGGAGCACCUGUUCGACGCCUUCAGCAAGAUCGGCACUGUCACGUCCGUGCGUGUCUGCCGCGACAACGCCACAAGCAGAUCUCUCCGCUAUGGAUUCCUGAACUACUUCUCUCGGGCCUACGGUAUGCUCUCGAUCGAUCGCGCUUGA